AUGUCGUCUGAAGAUUUCACCCGCCAGAUAAGCGGGAGUGAUAGCCCACACCGUGGAUUCGGUGGUCUAAUCCCUCGUGAAUCCGAGGUGGUCGACUUCCUUCUCAGGUUUUGCGACGGGCUUCAUCAGCGUAAUGCUGAGGCAGUGAAGCUUUUGUACGAACAGGAGCUGAGCGCAAUUACUGAGAAGCACUUUAAGACGUCAAGAUGGCCAUCAAUUUCGGCCGUAGCUGGUUUCUACAGUCAGACUGGGCGUCUUCACAGUCUGAUUAUGGCCCUUUACUCUGAGAUAUAUUAUCGUCACGUUUUUUAUUUGGGUGAUGUGACGUUCGAUGACCGUUUGGAUUCCUGGGAGAAAUAUUCCAAGCUAUUGGCUUACUUCAUCGACGAGCUGGAGAAAGGUGAAGGUUCUGAUGGUCUAAACAGCUUGGUGAUUCCUGCAUCCUGGGUUUGGGACAUACUUGACGAGUUCGUUUAUCAGCUUCAAGAGUGUUGCCGAUGGCGUAGUCGUCUUAGUCGCAGCGACUCUAACGCUUUUGCAAAUGAGGCAAAAAUACAUUCGAUAUGGAAGGUGCCUACAGCGCUCGAGGUUUUACAGCGGCUCGCUAACAAUCCCAUCUUCCAGGGCAUGAGCCAUCCGUCUCAACGUGAUGGCCUGGAGUCUGCCGGUCGCGGUUUCCAGCUGGGUUACUUUGCUUCCAUUUCGCUGGUACGCCUGCACGUAUUGUUAGGUGACUACUACACAUCUGUACGUACGGCUACUACAAUAGAAGUUUCUAGCAAGUUUCUGUACUGGAAAGUUCCGUCGUACUACGUCUCGUUGUUUUAUCACCUCGGUUUCGCUUAUAUGAUGUUGAGGCGAUACAGCGACUGCAUUAAGGUUUUAUCGCAAAUAUUGAUCUUCUUAACGAAGCAACGCAGCUAUUCUGUUACCCAGAGCUAUCAGCAGGGUGCCAUGGCUAAGCUGGCGGAAAAGAUGUACCUUAUGUUGAUUUUGUGUCACACAACAACUAAAAUCCGUUUGGAUGAAACGAUCCUUCAAACCAUCAAGGAACAAUAUGCAAAUCGUUUUUACCAGUUGCAGGGGGACAAUGAGGAGGCCUUUCGCGACGCUUUCCUAAAAUGUUGCCCUAAAUUUAUAGAUGCAUCAAGUGGCAAUGGUCCCGUAAACGAGGACGAUUCCGACAUUACCGGUGGCACCCUCAACGAGCCCGUGCAACGACAAUUGAACUUGUUCCUGAGGGAGAUUGGAAACCAGCGCCGCGUUGACGAGAUAUACUCCUUCGCAAAACUGUAUCACAAUAUCAGCCUAGAGAAACUGGCUGCGCUGAUGAAACUGGGUGAUGACCGAGAGAUCGUGCGUUCUUACGUGCUGAGCGUGAAACACCAGACCCGUCAGUUUGCUAACUCUUCCAGUGGAGGCGACUUGAUUCCUGGAACAUCAGAGAGCGACCUUGAUCUGUAUAUCGACCAGAACAUUCUCUACAUCAAGAGCAAACAGAGUCAGAAGCUAUACGUAGAGUACUUUUUGCAGCAAAUACACCGCUGCAAGAACACCUUGCGUAAUCUGCAAUCGAAACGUGAAGAGCAGAGUCAGGCGAAGAAGGAUACAGUCGUUCAGGAGAGCUAA